AUGUGGGGCAUCUUAUUGAAAUCCUCGAACAAAAGUUGUUCUAGGCUCUGGAAACCAAUUUUGACACAAUAUUAUAGCAUGACAUCAACUGCCACGGAUUCUCCGCUGAAAUACUAUGAUAUUGGAUUGAAUCUGACAGAUCCUAUGUUUCACGGUAUUUACAAUGGUAAGCAGUACCAUCCAGCAGAUUAUGUAAAAUUAUUAGAGCGUGCUGCUCAGAGGCACGUGAAAAAUGCCCUUGUUACAGGAUCAUCCAUAGCGGAGUCUCAAAGUGCCAUUGAGUUGGUAAGCAGCGUCAAAGAUCUUAGCCCGUUAAAGCUGUAUCACACAAUAGGUGUUCACCCAUGUUGCGUUAACGAGUUUGCGGAUGCUAGUCAAGGGGACAAGGCUAGCGCUUCUAUUGAUAACCCUUCCAUGGAUGAAGCAUAUAAUGAGUCUCUAUAUGCUAAAGUUAUUAGUAAUCCAUCUUUUGCACAGGGUAAACUGAAAGAGCUUUAUGAUUUGAUGAAUCAGCAAGCAAAACCUCAUGAUACAAGUUUCAGGUCAAUUGGUGAGAUCGGGUUGGACUACGACAGAUUUCACUAUAGUUCUAAAGAGAUGCAAAAGGUUUUUUUUGAAGAGCAACUGAAAAUAAGUUGUUUGAACGAUAAACUCAGCAGCUAUCCAUUGUUUCUGCAUAUGAGAAGCGCAUGUGACGAUUUUGUUCAAAUAUUGGAAAGAUUUAUUGCCGGGUUCACUGAUGAGAGGGAUACCUUUCAGCUACAAAAGUUAGGUGCAUCGUCGUCUAGCGGGUUUUACAAAUUUCAUCCAGAUAGAAAACUAGUGGUCCAUUCAUUCACUGGUUCUGCGAUAGAUUUGCAGAAAUUACUGAACUUAUCACCCAACAUCUUCAUAGGAGUAAACGGUUGCUCGUUGAGAACCGAGGAAAAUCUAGCUGUUGUAAAGCAAAUACCAACAGAAAGGUUGUUAUUAGAGACAGAUGCUCCGUGGUGUGAGAUUAAAAGAACGCAUGCAUCUUUCCAGUACUUAGCCAAAUACCAGGAGGUUAGGGAUUUCGAAUACCCUGCAUUCAAGUCCGUUAAGAAAAAUAAGCUCGCUGACAAGUUGAAUGCAGAAGAACUUUACAUGGUCAAGGGCCGUAAUGAGCCUUGUAAUAUGGAACAAGUAGCAAUUGUCGUAUCGGAAGUCAAGGACGUGGAUCUGGCUACUUUGAUAGAUACCACGUGGAAGACGACCUGUAAGAUAUUUGGAGAGUAA